GCCUGUCAGAGUAGCUGGCGGCAGUGGCGGCUCUCGGAGCUGGGUUGUCAGUCAGUGAGCAGAGGGGGAAGAUGGCUCGUCGGGACCGUUUUGCUAGGAAGAAGGGAGGCAGUGCUGCUACUGCCCAGGAAAAGGAAGAGCCGACGCCUUCGCUGUCGCUUCGAGCCAGACGAGUGAAGUUCUGGGAGUGGAGGUCUGGGAGCCGCUCUGAUUGAAGAUUUAGAACAGAUGUGGAAAGAUGUUCACUUCAGAGAAAGGGGUUGUGGAGGAAUGGUUGUCAGAGUUUAAGACACUACCAGAAGCAUCUUUACCAAAUUAUGCCACAAAUUUGAAAGAUAAGAGUUCUUUAGUUUCAUCUCUUUAUAAAGUUAUCCAGGAGCCACAAAGUGAGUUGCUAGAACCUGUCUGUCACCAGCUCUUUGAAUUCUAUCGCAGUGGAGAGGAGCAGUUACUUCGAUUUACACUGCAGUUUCUUCCAGAACUGAUUUGGUGCUACCUUGCCGUCUCAGCCAGCAGAAAUGUGCACAGCAGUGGAUGCAUUGAAGCUCUUCUUCUAGGGGUUUACAAUUUGGAAAUAGUUGACAAACAGGGACAUAGCAAAGUAUUGAGUUUUACGAUUCCAUCUUUAUCCAAGCCAUCUGUAUAUCAUGAACCUUCCAGCAUUGGGUCCAUGGCUCUGACUGAGAGUGCACUAUCCCAGCAUGGUUUGUCAAAAGUUGUAUACAGUGGACCUCACCCCCAAAGGGAGAUGCUGACAGCACAGAACAGGUUUGAAGUGUUGACAUUCCUUUUGUUGUGUUACAAUGCUGCCUUAACCUAUAUGCCCAGUGUUUCUCUUCAAUCAUUGUGUCAGAUUUGUUCAAGAAUCUGUGUUUGUGGAUAUCCCAGACAACAUGUAAGAAAAUACAAAGGUGUAAGUAGCAGGAUACCAGUUUCUUCAGAAUUCAUGGUGCAGAUGUUAACAGGGAUUUAUUUUGCUUUUUAUAAUGGAGAAUGGGAUCUAGCUGAAAAAGCAUUGGAUGAUAUUAUUUACAGAGCCCAGUUAGAAUUAUAUCCAGAGCCAUUGCUGGUUGCUAAUGCAAUAAAGGCUUCGUUGCCUCAUGGUGCCAUGAAAUCUAGUAAGGAGGGUACAAGGUGUAUUCAAGUUGAAAUCACACCAACUUCCUCUAGAAUAUCAAGAAAUGCAGUAACCAGCAUGUCAAUAAGAGGUCAUCGGUGGAAAAGACAUGGAAAUACAGAAUUAACAGAUCAAGAAGAACUGAUGGAUAUAUCUGAAGUUGACGAGGGAUUUUAUUCCAGGGCUGCAUCUAGUACCAGCCAGUCAGGCUUAUUAAACAAUAGUCACAAUUCUAGUAUCAAGACAAGUGUAGGAAAGACUCAGAGACGGUCAGGAGGAAACAAAACUGGAGGAAAAGAAAAAGAAACCACAGGGGAGUCAUGCAAAGAUCACUUUGCUCGAAAACAAACUCAGAGAGCCCAAAGUGAGAAUCUUGAGCUUCUCUCUUUGAAGAGACUUACGUUAACAACCAGCCAGUCCCUGCCUAAACCUAACAGCCAUGGUUUGGCUAAGACUGCUGCGACUGUAUUUAGUAAAUCCUUUGAGCAAGUCAGUGGUGUCACAGUCCCACAUAACCCAUCAGCUGUUGUUGGCUGUGGGAUAGGGACAGAUGCCAACAGGUUUUCCGCUUGUAGUCUCCAAGAAGAAAAGCUUAUUUACGUUUCUGAAAGGACUGAACUUCCAAUGAAGCACCAAUCAGGCCAGCAGAGACCUCCUAGUAUUAGCAUUACGUUGUCCACAGAUUAAUUUGUAAGAGUUUUCUCAUGUGACCAAUGAGUCUGGAAUUAUGGCGUUGCUUCUUUAUGAAAGUGCCAGGGUCUUUCAUCCCUGCUCCUGACAGAGCCCCGAUGUCUUAAGUUCUGAAGGCUUUAUGAAGGGAAUAAUGUCUAGGUUGCAGUAAAGUUGAAAUAUGGUUUUGUUAUUUCUUGGCUGUGUGUUUUUUUUCUCCUGUUUGUUUCUGUUGCCCUUAAGAUUGUCACUAUGACAAUACAUUUUGGCAGGUGGUCUGAUCAGAUUGGUUACGUCUCAUGUGAGGAUGUGAGUUGUUUUUCCCCCUAAUAACUCCUAUUUUGGUAGAUGUAAGUUUGGCCUUCAGAAUAAAAGGAAAUCUCCAUGUAUGGGAACUUUUUUUAAAGGAUGAAACAGAGGUGCAACUCCGGGAAUUCUACAUCUGGUUGUUCAGCAAGUCAGUUUGGAAAAACGAGCAUGUGAAAAAACAAAAAUGAUGUGAAAAGUGCCUGAUAAGAAUGUUUGUAACCAGACCAUCUUUAAGAUUAGUAGAAGAAUUUAUAUAAAGCACUGGAAAGUGCUUGGUGGCUUAGUACGUAGACUAUUAUAUGAUUCCAGUGGAUGGACAGAGGAAUUUAUAUUGUUAUCUUUGGAACAUUUGUAUGUCAAAAAUCAUGUUGCUAGCAGAUGUGUGGUUUUGAUGUGUUCUAUCUGGGCUGAGCAGGUGCAAAUCCCUUUCAGUUUCUAAGAUAGGCCAUAAGGCUGACUUACCAUGCCGCUUGACUUCGAAAAUCCUAGUUAGUUUGGAAUCCUACAAUUCAAAGCAUACAUCAUUGAAGGCGGCCUGGAAAUUGUAUAAAUCUUGCAACACAGCUCUCAAGAUGCCAGUGUCAGCCAUAUUGUUUGUCUGCAAAUGAAGGAAAUUAGGUAAAUUUUUAUCUGUAAAAUAUGAAAAAAUUAAGAUAGGACAUUUAUCUAUUAACUAAUUUAGGAUUAUUUAUGUUUGUAUUCUUAAACUUAAAGUUAUAAAAUAUGAAUAAAAUUACAUGUGUUUUUUAUUUUAUGAACAGGCCUAUUUUUAAUGUUUUUGUUAUAAUAGAAAGAAUAAUCAAUGUAGUUACCCCCAAUGAAAAAAUAAAUAUAAAAAAUACAAUAUGGUGGAAGUUAAGCAAACUUGUGUGUGGCUGUAGAGAGCUGUGUGACUUCUAAAUGGACAUAAAAGUUUGGUGUUUGCUAGUGAUGGUCAUUUCAGCUAUGGUUGAGGUUGCCUGUGAAUCAAGAAUAAGUAAUAAUUCAGAGUAAGAGAGAAAGCAAGGCUAAGGCUGAGAGUAAGCUGACUGGGAAAGAAGGCCUAGAGAGCUAUCCGCUUGUUCUCUUUCACUGUUAGUACACAGUGGUCUCCUUAUUCAUGGUCCCUCGCUGUGGUCACACAGAGAAAAUACUAGUUUUUUUCUUAUACCUGCUUAUGCAGAGCUCAAAUAUGUGAAAAAUGUGUGUACUGAGUGCUAACACAUUUAUGAUAUAAAUGCAGUUCUGACCAUAACUGCUUUGGCUAUCAUUUUAAAUCUAAUUAUUCAAAGGCAUGAACUCAUUUUCAUUUAUUAACUCUGAAUAGAAUAUGGUUUUUAGCAUAAUUUGAUUGUUGUAAUCUAUUGGUAUAACUUUUAGUUAAAAAAAAAAAAAAGUAAGGCAACCAGACAGUGGAAGUUGCUAUAGUAUUAAUUUAAUAGGAAUCCUGUGUACAAUUUAAAAUGUCACUGUGAAUUUCCUGCUGUCUUUUUGUAAUUCUUUAUCAAAGAAUUUCCCCUAGGCAUAGCUACUAACAGUAUUAAUAAUCUUAAGAACUAAUUUAAAAGAUCAGCAGUUUAAGCAAGUUAAAAUGUUUAGGAAAUAUUGCAGAUGAAGUUUGUGGAGUCAUUAGUUGGCAAAAUGAGAGAUGAGAUUUUAAUGUUCAACUGUUAUAAUGAAAAUUCAUUUUGGUAUUAUUCUAGAUCAUUGCCACUCAUGUGGUCUGAGGACUGUAAGUAUAGUAGCAUUGACAUCACCUGGCAUCUUGUUAAAAAUGCAGCAUUUCAGGUCAUCCCAGAUCUACUGAAUCAUAAUCUGCAUUUUAGCGAGAGCCUCGAGUGAUUUUUAUAUACGAUAAAGUUUGAGAGGAGAAUAUCAAGUGCAAACAAAUCACUUAUCUAACAUUUAGAGGUCUCAGUGGUCUCACAACCCUAGAUCAAAUAUGUUAGAUACUAGCUCAUUAUAAUCAUUGUUUUAAUGGUAAAUUAAUUGUUUAAUAGUGUCAAUGACAGGACUUUUUUAAAGUCCUCUCAUUCUACAUUUUAAUGAUUCUUAUUUAUUUUACAAUAAAAAUGUAACAUUUUAUAUUUUUCUUACUAACCAUAAAUGGAAUCAGAGCUGUAGAUGUCUGUAAUUUUAAGUGUCAGAGGAGUACCACACUUUUAUACAAUGCACAACAAAUCUGCACAUGUACAUUCUUUUGAAAACUCUGAAGGCUUACUCAGUGGGGUGGUCCUGAAUUUUUGCUCCAAGUAAUUUCCACCAGUUAGUUUUCUGGAGUAUAUAUUAACAGUAAAAUUCUUUUACAGUACCUUUGGUACUAUUUUAAAUAAGGAUUAUACAUUUAAAAAUUUUUAUAGCUAUUAUAAAUAUUGGAUAAUACUAUGAUAAUGAUUGUAAUUAUCCCUACUAUUCUCUUCCCACUCAUCUUUCCAAAUUUGAAAGUAGGGUGGCUUUUGUAGGUCAUUUUCUCACAAAGAUGCUGAUGUGACCAUUUGGUCACAGACUUCCUACAUAUCUAGAAUAAUAUAUAUUUUUUAAUCAUGAGAAGGAUUUUGCACAAGAUUGGAGCCUUACACCCCAUCGCUCAGAGGAUCUGAGCAGAAAUUGUAGCUCCAUUCCACAUUUUAAACCUCUCACUCUUCAAAUACCCAAAUACCUGUGAUCUUCUAUUGAAACUGAGUUCCCAGCAUUUGCCUUUUGGAAUCUAAGUGGGGAGAGAAACAAAGAAGACUUUUCCCCGAGGACCCAGGGCAAGUGAGCACCUGGAGUCCUUUGUACACCACUAGUGAACUUUUUAAGGACCUCUGUAGACUUGCAGAGUAGAAAUUUUCAGUCCUUAAAUGAUGACAAAGUUCAUUUUGAAAAAGCAAUACUUUAUUGCCCUUUUCAAUUGUGAUGUAACUUCUUAGCAAACAUUACUCAUUUAAAAACAAAAAAUUGAAUUAAAGGAAAAAAUACUUUUUCAAUGAAAAUAGGUAAAAAGAAUUUCAGUUUUAAGGGAUUUUGCCUAUUUUGGAAGAAUAAAAGUGUUAAAAUCUUUACAUUUAAAUUAUGGAAAAAAUGUACCCUCAGACAAUUUUAAAUAAGUAUUUAAAGAGGUUUGUUAAAAUUUGAGUCUAUAGGCACAAUAAAUGUAUAGUUUAUUACAGGGAUGCACUUCAAGGAAAUAUGUAUGUUAAACAAUGUAACUGAAAAAUAUUUUCUUAAAAGUCUUAAAAAGUAAGAAUAAUUUGAUGGACACUUAAACUAAGCAUUGUAGAUAGAAAUUAAUGUAUAAUAGUGUUUACCCAAUCUUUGGAUGGAAAAAAACCCUCUCUAAUCCUUUAAUUAGCAUGAAUUUAUACUUUUAGAUUUGUUGCUUAGUAAAAUUAUACUCAAUACUUUGAGUUAUUCACAUUUAUGUUUAGUAUUGUUAUAUUCUUCAUCAGAGAACAUAAAUAUGUUGUCUUCUAUACUUUGUACCUUGUGCAUAUCUAAAGAGAUUAGCAGUGAACAUUUGGAAGAUGUUUUUGUGGUUUUUUUAUAGUAGUUUUGGAGUAUCUACCUGUGUCUUGCUAUGAAGUUUCUACUAGUAAAUUCAAGAUCCUGUUUCACACACUGUUAUUUUCUCAUAAAUGAAGUUUAUUGUAUACCUCUUACCUUUACCUCUAAUUAUGUAGUGAUACUAAUAUUUUCAUACUAAGUAUACCUGUUUCUAAUUGUAUUCCCAGAGUUUACAUUCCUAAAGAAUAAACUAUGAUUUUGGAUAU